GACAUUGAUGAACACUUGAGGAUUUUCUAUUCGUAAGCUUUUCUAGUGUGGGUGCGGAAUGCGUGUUUAUAUUUAUAAUGAACCCAAAUAAAAUUAUGUCACUGUUGAUUUUAACAUAGAAAACACUGAGCGUUGUUUCAAUAUCGCUAUGUUGAACUUGCACAAAAUUUGGUUAUUAUCAUGUCUCUGUGUUAUUGUUAUGAUUAUUUUAUAUUUUCAAACAGAAAUUGCUCGUUUGGAGCAAAAUUAUCGCAAACUGGAAUAUAAGUUGACACAAAGUCAAUCAAAUUCUCGUCAGUUUUUCCCGAAAACAUUAGAAAAGGAUAGUGAUGACUUGGUGGUCAUAUACAACCGCGUACCUAAGACAGGAUCCACUAGUUUCGUUGGUGUGGCCUAUGAUUUGUGCAAGAAGAACCAUUUCAAAGUGCUACACAUUAACAUCACAGCAAACAUGCAUGUAAUGUCUUUAAGCAAUCAGUAUAAGUUCGCUCAGAAUGUGACAAUGUGGCAGGAAGUGAAACCAGCACUUUAUCAUGGUCAUAUGGCAUUUUUAAACUUUGAAAGAUUAGGCACAUCAACAAAACCAGUAUUUAUUAAUUUAAUAAGAAAGCCAUUAGAUAGACUGGUGUCUUACUAUUAUUUCCUUAGAAAUGGAGAUAAUUUUAGACCCCACUUGGUACGGAAGAAACACGGAGACAAAAUGACUUUUGAUGAAUGCGUGGAAAAAAAUCAAGCAGACUGUGACCCUAACACCAUGUGGCUACAAGUUCCCUUCUUCUGUGGUCACUCAGCGCAAUGUUGGAAACCUGGCAGUCAAUGGGCGUUAGAGCAAGCAAAACACAAUCUAGUAAAUCAUUAUCUACUUGUAGGUGUGACAGAAGAAAUGCUAGAUUUUAUAUCUGUAUUAGAAGCCGUUUUACCUCGCAUAUUCAAAGGCGCCACCGAACAUUAUCUGAAUAGUAAUAAAUCCCAUCUAAGACAGACUAGUUCUAAAAUAGAUCCGACUCAAAGGACCAUAGAUAAAAUUCAAAAAUCGAUCGUAUGGAAAAUGGAAAACGAAUUGUACGAAUUUGCGUUGGAAAAUUUCAAAUUUUUCCAAAGAAAAGUAUUGAUGAAAGAAAAUCUUGGUGUUCCCCAAACUUACUUCUACGAAAAGAUACGACCGAAAUUAUAAUGUUUUUAUUUUAUUAGGAAAUAAAUAAUUCA